AGGACAGGCUCCAAAGCUACACAGAGAAACCCUGUAUCAAAAACAAACAAACAAACAAACAAAACAAAACAAAACAAACAAACAAACAAAAAACCAGAGAGGCUUCCUUAUAGAGGUAGAGUUCCAGAACUUGCUAGUGACAGGAUAGUCUCAUCACGAGGAGGAGGCGAAGGGCUCCAUUGGGAACUCCCUUUCCAUUGUCUAGAAUUGUGUGAGGAGGUGAACAAAAGUGGCUCCAGAGAGAGCCAAGAGAUCCAAACUAGAACUGCCUGGGCUGGAUCUGGGCAGGCCAUACUGCCCUUGGCUUCAUGUGCCUGCUAGAAAUUCCUAGUUUAUGACUACCUUCUCUGAAAGGCAAUGGUAUAUGCUCUGGACUCCCCUCACAGGAUCUCCUCAUUUCCCAAGCCCAGAGAAGCUUCCUGGGCUUAGGAAGAGGAAAGGGGGAGUUUUAUGCAACAAUAAAGGGUACCCACAGGCAGUGGUGGCAGUAACAUGUGUGAAUGGGGAUCCUUUUCCUCUGAAGCGUAGCCAGGGUGGGUAUGCUGGAGUUGGAAGGGGAUUGUUGGGGUUCAGGAGAUGUCAAGAAAGAUGAUAUAGCUUUACAGAAGGCCAUUACAAGCACCACAUGCCUGCCGGAAGAUGGAGGUGGAGCUGGCCUGGAGCCCAAUGUGAGGGGUAGAGGCAGAGGCAGGGGCGGGGACAAGGCACGCUGGAGCAGGUUGGGGACUGCUAAAAAUCAGCCAACAGGAAGAAGACUCAGGAGAAGCACUAUGGGAGCAUGGGCCAUGCUGUGUGGGGUCUCACUGGUUUGUUUGCUGGACCUAGGUCAGCAGAGCCUGGUUGAGGAAUCUAGCUGUGGCCCCAGCAGCUUCCAGCGUGGGACUGGCACUAACACACGCUGCUGCAGGCUGUGUACUCCAGACGAGGAGGCCUGUCCUGAAGGAGACUGCAUAUGUGUCAUGCCGGAGUACCACUGUGAAGACCCUCAGUGCAAGGCCUGCAAGCACCACCCUUGCCAACCAGGCCAGAAGGUGCAGCCUCAUGGGAAUAUUAAGUUUGGCUUCGAGUGUGUUGACUGUGCCAUGGGCACCUUCUCCGCAGGUCGUGAGGGCCACUGCAGACCUUGGGCCGACUGUGCCCAGUUUGGAUUUCUCACCAUAUUCCCUGGGAACAAGACUCACAAUGCUGUGUGCAUCCCGGAGCCACUACCCACUGAGCAACAUGGCCAUUUGAAUGUCAUCUUCCUGGCCAUAGCUGUGUGCAUUCUCUUCCUAACCACAGCCCAGCUCUGCCUGCACAUAUGGCAGCUGAGGAGGGAACACAUGUGCCCCCGAGAGACCCAGCCACUCUUGGAGGUGCAGCUACCACCAGCUGAUGAUGCUUGCAGCUUCCAGUUCCCUGAGGAGGAGCGUGGGGAGCAAAUGGAGGAUAAGAGUCAUCUGGGAGACCGGUGGCCAUGAGGGUUGUUCUUCCUCUGGACCCCAAGCCAGACCCUCUAAGACUUGCCCAGACCAACCCUUGGUGAGAGCAAGGGCUCUACUGUGCAUCUUUCCCUGGGCCUGGCCCUGCUCCCCUCAAUGGCGGAAGUGGGUGUAAGAUGUUGAUUGAUGGUGAUAAAUUACAACUGGGUGUAAAAAGAGUAGUGACUAUAAUUGGGCCCUAUGGCUGCCUCCCUCUUUUGCCAGCUCUGUUGGAGUAGGGUCUUUAAGCUCUCAGAGAGCACUAAGUGUUCAGCACAAGACCUUGUACAAGUGGCUUUCAAUAAAUACUUGUCUAGUAA